AUGAGAGGCGCGAGCCGCAUCUCUCCGCUGCUCUUGCUCCUGCUGCUGCUGUUGCCGUGCGCGAGCGCCGUGCCAGAGGCGCCGCGCCCCGCGCUCAGACUCUCGCGCAUCCGCGCCGGUGCACCGGUGGCCGCGCGUGCUACCGCGCAACAGCCGCCCUCCGCCUCCGAGAGCGCGAGACGGAGCGCGGCCGCGCAACCUGCGGCGCGCAAGGGCGCCAAGACCCGAGGCGCGCACGAGGAGAAGGGCGCGCGCGCGCACCCGCUCGUGACUCCGCACGACUACAUGCUGUCCCUCUACUGGUCUCUGUCCAGCGGAGCAGUGAACGCAAGCGCGCUGCACGAGGCCGGAAUGGCCAACACCAUCACCAGCUUCGUGGACAAAGGGCAAGAUGAGCGCUUGUCCCUGUUAAGGCGGCAGAGGUACUACUUCAACAUCAGCUCUCUGGAGAAGGAGGGCCUGCUGGGAGCAGAAUUACGCAUUCUCCGAAAGCCAUUCCUGGACCCUCAUAAAGCCCCGCCCACUGAGGGCGUAAACUCUCUGAGACUAUACACCUGCGCAGCAGGUAAACAGAGGGCUUCGCUGCUCCAGUCUCGGCCAAUCGAGGACCACAGUGUCCCAAAGUGGGAGGUGUUUGACAUCUGGAAACUGUUCAAGAACUUCAGGAACACGCCUCAGCUUUGCUUCGAGCUGGAGGCCGUGGACCGGGGGCGACAGCUGGACCUGAGGUCGGUCGGCCUGGGCCGCUCAGGAAGGCAGACCAAAGAGAAGGCCUUCUUUGUGGUGUUCAGCCGCACGAAAAAGCGCGGGCUCUUUUACAAUGAGAUCAAGGCCCGUUCAGGCCAAGACAACAAGACGGUGUACGAGUACCUCUUCACCCAGCGCAGGAUGCGGCGAGCGCCGAUUCCCCGCCCCAAGAAGCCGCUUCCGAAGGCUUCGAAGCCUCGCUGCAACCGCAAGCAGCUGCACGUCAACUUCAAGGAGAUGGGCUGGGAUGACUGGAUCAUCGCACCUCUGGAGUACGAGGCCUUCCACUGCGACGGAGUCUGCGAUUUUCCUAUUCGUUCCCACCUGGAGCCCACCAAUCACGCCAUCAUCCAGACGCUCAUGAACUCCAUGGAUCCUCGCUCAACACCGCCCACCUGCUGCGUCCCCACCAGACUCAGUCCUAUCAGUAUCCUGUACAUCGACUCAGCCAAUAACGUGGUGUACAAGCAGUAUGAGGACAUGGUUGUAGAGAGCUGCGGCUGCAGGUAGCGACAAAUGCUAGAGGAGUAAGCUAAAGACCCAAAGUUUGGAAGCACAUGAGAACCUUUUGGAACAUUGUGAGAUGUCUUCACAGGUGCUCCCUAUGGAGACCGCCAGACUUCUUGUGUUAAGCUCAUCAUCGGACUAGUUAGAGACAUUGGAUGCAAAACUGUCCUCCUCUUUAAUGAUGAUGUCAAAUGAGUGAUGAGUGCGGUUCACCUUUUUUUGAGAUACAGAACCCUCAGCAACUCUCCAAACACUGUUUGCAACUCACAGUAACUUCAUACAGAGGAUUUUGAUCAUUACUGAACACUUUUAGAUGUGAUUUAAUCCCUUUGUAAUGACUGUACACCCCUCAAACAUUGGACACCCUACAUUACAGCUCAGUUUAAAAGACGUCGGUCUUGCUUCAUAAGGAUGUAGGCCAGUGGGCUCAUGUUCAAUAACCUGAAACUGUAAAGCAGGACUGGCACUCUGCGCCUGCCAUUCAUCACUGAGGAGACCUUUUAAGACAUUCUGUAACAAUGUAGGAUGCUAUAUUAGCAGAAUUAUGUAUACUUAUUUUCCAAAUCUGAGUUAAAUUUAACUAAAGAUCUCAAAGCGUUAUGUACAAAGCCAUAUAAAGGUUUUCCGUAAAGGGGCACUCCGGCCAAAAGGAGUCUAACCAUUGCUAAAUCUGUUGUAAACAUGCCUGUUCACGCUGGAACAGUCUCAAAAGUGAGAUUUUUCUGGUUUAAAAACAAUAAAGCUACGUUCACAUUACAAGC